AUGGAUGAAGAACAAGACAUUACUCAAACAAUUGCUAUACCAGAAUUGUCCCAAAGACGCCAGACUGACCUCCCAUCAUCAGUGACAGUCAAUGACAGUGAUACGAAUACGAUAUCUCACAAUACGAAUGUCGGAGCAGUUGUGGCUCGCAUCGAGGGCAUCCUCGAGCAGGUCAUCGAUGCCUUAGCUGCAGGCCAAGAGUUGUCGAUUGCAUUCUGUACUAGGAAGUCUGCUCGUCGGGCUUCCAAUGCGACUUCAGAGCAGGUUCACUUCCCCGGUCGUAACAAGCAAGAGGCCAUCAAGUUCGCGCGCAUACUUCUAAUCCUUCAGCUUUCACAUGAUGCCCUUGUAUCUGGCACAGUCCUAACCAAGCGCCAUAUCUUCUACCAACACCAAGACCUCUUCGAGAAGCAAAGAGAGGUAGACGAGCUUGUUGAUGAUAUCGCGUUCACGCUUGGUAUCAGCCGUGGAGACUUGAACAUUGUUGCAGCUUCAAAAGGUGUACUAGCUGGGCCGCUGACAAUCGGUCUCCAAGACGGCAGCACGCUGAACCCUUGUUUAGGAGACCUAAUUCUGGUAGUGGAAAAGGAUGCCGUCUUCAGAUCACUCUGCUCCUCUCAAUUCUGGAGGGUGUCUCUAUCUGGCCCCGGCGUACUUGUCACUGCAAAAGGGUAUCCAGACCUGACGACUCGUUCUUUUCUGAACUUUGUCAGCACAAGAUAUCCACAGCUACCAAUCUUGGGAUUGUUCGACUACGACCCUGACGGAGUCAAGAUUCGGCAGUGCUACCAAUACGGAUCCGACAGGCUCAGCCAUGAAUCCGAUCUCGGCACCGAAACACUACAAUGGCUUGGUAUUAAAUCAACGCAUCUCUUUCGGGAUUAUACUGGUGAUUCGGUUGCCGCCACACUCAGUCGGUCGUCCAUCACCUCUACCUCAUGUCGAAACCCUGUUUCUUAUAUGAGUACGAGAGAAAGAAACGCAGCAAUCUCGACGCUAAAGAAGAUAGCCAACCAUUCUCACAAUGAGGCCGAAGUGUCAGAAUCCGCGCACGAACUACAACUGAUGCUGGUCCUUGGGGUAAAGGCUGAGAUUGAGUGGCUGGAUGAAUCUGGGGAUCUAUUCUCAUGGCUUGAUGGUGAGAUUGGCGAGGCAUUGAUUAGUGAUGUGUUGUGA